GAGCGGCUGCGCGGACAGGAGCGCCGCAGGGUGCUCGUGAUGGCCGGCGCCGGGCUCAGCACGCCCAGCGGCAUCCCGGAUUUCAGGUCCCCGGGGAGCGGCCUCUACAGCAACCUCGCGCAGUACAACAUCCCUUAUCCAGAAGCCAUCUUUGAACUGAGCUAUUUCUUCCUUAACCCCAAACCCUUCUUCACCUUGGCCAAGGAACUCUACCCGGGCAACUACAGGCCCAACUAYGCACACUAUUUCCUGAGGCUCCUGCACGACAAAGGCCUUCUCCUGCGUCUCUAUACGCAGAAUAUUGACGGGCUGGAGCGAGUUGCUGGGAUCCCGCCGGAUCGGCUGGUCGAAGCCCACGGCACCUUCGCCACGGCCACUUGCACGGUCUGCCGCAGGAAUUUCCCGGGAGAGGACUUCAGGGGGGACGUCAUGGCAGACAAGGUGCCUCGCUGCCCUGUCUGCACCGGAGUYGUCAAGCCCGACAUCGUGUUCUUUGGCGAGGAGCUGCCGCGCCGCUUCUUCCUGCACGUGGCUGACUUCCCCCUGGCAGACCUGCUCUUCGUCAUUGGAACGUCCCUGGAGGUGGAGCCCUUUGCCAGCCUGGCAGGCGCUGUUCGCAGCUCUGUUCCCCGCGUCCUCAUCAACCGGGAUCUCGUGGGCCCCUUCGCCUCGCAGCACCGCCACAACGACGUAGCCCAGCUGGGGGACGUGGUCAGCGGCGUCAGGAAGCUCGUGGAGCUGCUGGGCUGGACCCAAGAGAUGCAAACGCUAAUCCAGGAGGAGAAGGAAAAGCUGGAUGCAAAAGACAAAUAGGCCGGCUGGCUCCCUGCUGCUGGAAAACACUGUUCACCUUGGAGGAAGAGCUGUUGUGGCGCGCAGCCUGRGCAGGGAAGUGGCAGCAGGGAGCAGUCGAGAGGCUCUGCAGCAGGCUUGGCGUCUGGGGAGGACGGGGUGCUCGGAGCUGCGUCCAGCACCCUGCAAAGGCAGGGAGAAGCCUUUGCCCAGGAAGGUGACAGUGGCUGAGGGCGAGUUAGUUCUGUUGUGUUGGGACAGUUUACAUGCUCCGUGCAUGCUGUUCCCUCCUCACAACAUUCCUUAGGAGGCUUCCAUCUUUCCAUAAGCAGCUUUGACAGUGGCACACAGCUGGUACCCUGCUGUUGUCCCCACGGCAGGGAGACCUUCGCUGUGAAGCACGGCCAGGAGCUUGCCACAGGACUCGCACACUGCCUUGCGUGAGAUUGGCCUCGGGGUCUCCCUGAGCCCUCCAGCUCCAGAGACCCAGUGGGGCCUGGAUUCCAAAGCCCAGCCCCUGGCACUGCAACGGGGGUGUCAGGCCAGAAGAUACACAGCCCCCAUCACUUCCGAAGGCUGGAGUUCUCAAGCUGCUUCCACCAUACUGAGCACCCCCCAGCUCCUUCACAGACAGAUGUUUUCAAUAGUCACGGUAUUUCCAUUGCUGCAGACCUCUACUCUUAAUUCUUCAGAUGAAAUCUCUGUUAAUCAUGAGACAAAUGCUACCCAUUGGCCCCCACCGUCUGUCUGAGCAAGGCCAGCUCCAACUGCUGGAAGCUCUGGCUCAGUUUUGAAUCAGUGGA